AUGGCUAUUUUUAAAAGGUCUGGGACAGAUGCUGUUGACAGGUUAUAUUUUUCUGAAAGAAUAUUAAUGAAUGUCAGUGAAUUAUGUUUAAGGUAUGCAGUGGAUUCAGGCCUUUGGAAUGCCCAGAAGGGCACCAUUUCUCAGGUGGCGUUAGUUACAAGUGUUGGUUUUGGUGUGCACGUACGUCCCUGCAGGACCCAGGAUGGGGAGACAGCCCUUCAGCUGGCCAUCAGAAACCAGCUGCCACUUGUGGUGGAUGCCAUAUGCACCCGAGGAGCUGACAUGUCCGUGCCUGAUGAGAGGGGGAACCCCCCACUGUGGCUCGCUCUGGCAAAUAACCUGGAGGACAUUGCAUCCACUCUGGUCAGACAUGGCUGUGAUGCCACCAGCUGGGGUCCAGGACCUAGUGGAUGUCUUCAGACACUGCUGCACAGAGCUAUUGAUGAAAACAAUGAAUCCAUCGCCUGCUUUCUUAUUCGAAGUGGCUGCGAUGUGAAUAGUCCCAGACGACCUGGUGCUAAUGGAGAAGGAGAGGAAGAGGCCAGAGAUGGCCAGACCCCCUUGCAUUUGGCAGCAUCCUGGGGACUGGAAGAAACAGUACAGUGUCUUCUGGAGUUUGGUGCCAAUGUAAAUGCACAGGAUGCAGAAGGAAGGACGCCUGUCCACGUGGCCAUCAGCAACCAACACAGUGUCAUCAUUCAGUUGUUGAUUUCUCACCCUGACAUCCACUUGAAUGUACGAGACAGACAAGGCCUGACCCCUUUUGCCUGCGCCAUGACCUACAAGAACAACAAGGCCGCUGAGGCCAUUCUAAAACGCGAGUCCGGGGCUGCAGAGCAGGUGGAUAACAAGGGCCGGAAUUUUCUUCACGUGGCAGUUCAGAACUCUGAUAUUGAAAGUGUCCUGUUCCUGAUCAGUGUCCAAGCUAAUGUGAAUUCCAGAGUCCAGGAUGCUUCCAAGUUGACCCCUUUGCACCUUGCUGUCCAAGCCGGCUCAGAGAUUAUCGUCCGCAAUUUGCUUCUUGCAGGAGCCAGAGUGAAUGAGUUAACCAAGCACCGCCAGACUGCACUGCAUCUGGCUGCCCAGCAGGACCUACCCACCAUCUGCUCAGUCCUCUUGGAGAAUGGCGUGGACUUUGCUGCUGUGGAUGAGAAUGGAAAUAAUGCUCUUCAUCUUGCUGUCACGCACGGUCGGCUCAACAACAUCCGGGUCCUCCUGACAGAGUGCACCGUGGACGCCGAAGCCUUUAAUCUAAGAGGCCAGUCGCCACUGCACAUUUUGGGACAGUAUGGCAAAGAGAAUGCAGCAGCCAUCUUUGAUCUCUUCUUAGAGUGCAUGCCUGAGUAUCCUCUAGAUAAACCAGAUGCAGAAGGAAACACGGCGCUUCUCCUAGCGUACAUGAAGGGGAAUGCUAACCUGUGCCGUGCCAUCGUCCGAUCUGGGGCUCGCCUUGGGGGUGAACAAUAACCAGGGGUCAACAUUUUCAACUACCAGGUUGCCACCAAGCAACUUCUGUUCAGACUAUUAGAUAUGCUGUCCAAGGAGCCUCCGUGGUGUGACGGCUCCAACUGCUAUGAGUGCACUGCCAAGUUCGGAGUUACAACUCGAAAGCAUCACUGCCGUCAUUGCGGACGUCUUCUUUGCCAUAAAUGUUCGACCAAGGAGAUGCCCAUUAUAAAGUUUGAUCUGAACAAGCCUGUGCGAGUCUGCAACAUUUGCUUUGAUGUACUAACUUUGGGCGGCGUCUCUUAGCCCCUAGGAGGGUCCAGGCCACCUCCCAGUCACCUCCCCAGCAGCUGCUCUGCUCACCAGCCUGACCCCACCCGGAGCAGGAGCUGGCAGGCAUCUUCCUUCGGCAGUGGAGUGGAACAGACAACUGAGGACCAUGGUGUGAUAGACACGUUUCAGAUGACUGUAUGACUGUCCGUUUGUCAGACUGUGAUUGAGUUCAGUAGAUGUCUCACUAAUUGGACCAGGCCUUUUGCCUAGGUGGUAAACAUGGUAGGAAUUAGAUCCCAUUCUGCUAGCAACGUACAAGAACACUUUGAAAACCACUUUCCCUCCCAGUAGCCUCCUGUCCAUCUCAGAGCAUUUGUGAAGUCUUCCCACCUGGCCGGACUUCCUAGGCAGAGCCUAGCAAUAGGAAGCUGGCGCCUGGCUGCUCCAAGAGAGCUAGCUGGCUUUACUCUAGGGUAAGUGGCUUUGGACUUGUCUGCACGGUGUUUUCAUAAAGAUUAUAGGAUCCUCUUACCCUGAAAUCUUCAUUAUUAUUUUUUUUUUUUAGAAAGCUAAGCUGUAUUUAUAGUGAGCUACCCCUUUAAAAAAAGGUGAAAUCUUUCUAAACAGGGUUCAAAGAUGGGAGCUGAAACAUUGUGGCCUUAACAACUGAAAGCUUUACUAGUGUUCAUGCUACUCGGUGUCAUUAGUGCGGUUGGACAGCUUGACACCUCCUAGCAGCCGUCCCCUCCUCUCAUCUUGCCAUGUCCUGUCUGUGGACCUCCAUCGCUCUGCCACUAGGGAGUGGUGGGGGAAAUGCACUUUUAUUGUGCCGCACUUUUUAUAUAGCUUCAUUAUUGGUGAUUCCAAUGUAAAAACCCAUACUCAGAAAGUACAUCCAUGCAUCAGUGAUUCUGCUGAUCAGUUUUACCUGGAACUCAGCUCACACUAAGUCUUAACAGAGAAGCUCCUGCAGAGUGUCACUUGGAGCAAGAGAGUCACACAGGCCAAGGGAUGAGAAGGGGGGGUCCCCAGCCUCAGCCUGGAAGGUCCCAUCUCCUUGACAUGAAUGCUUCUUGCUGAAACCUUCCCUAGUUAUGCUGUGAGUGCUGUUGGUCCCAGGUCCCAGUUCUGUGGAGCUUGCCCUGCCCCGUAAGAGCCAGCAGCUGAAACCCUGGCCAGACAUGUGUGACCUGGUUCGGGAAGGCUCUGGCCUGGGUGCUUGAAGGAGGUCCCAGAGCUUACUGGGCCUUAGUUGUUGCUAGUACAUGCAUUACCCCUGAGGUUAAACUGCACAUUUAAAAAGAAACUUUUACCACUGCUUUAAAAACACACAAAAAUUCUGAGAUGAACAAUAUGUGUUGUAGUUGUACUCAGAGAUUAACAAUCUCAAUCAGACAUACUGAUUUUUCAGACAUUUAAUAACCACUACAUUCUGCAUUAAUGAAGUAUGGAUAUGUGUAAAAGGGACUAAAUAUUUUUUGCAACAGCCUGCUUUUUUGUUUGUUUGUUUUUGGAAAGUGGUAUGUCCUCCAUGUUGCUGUACAUUUAUACAUUCUAUUGCCUAAAUAUGUGUAAAAUGAGUUGAUAAACCUGAGUGCUACUUUUUUUUAAUAUUCCUGUGAUUUAUAAGAUAUAUAUGCUUUCUCUGUUAAUAUGAGCUUGUGCACAAUGUUUAAAAGAAAAAUUAGAAGAGUUGGGGAACUAAAAGUCUAUGACAUUUCCUACAGAAUUUUUAUAGAAAAACAACUAGCGUAGGCAAACUUUUGACCACGUGAGGCAUGUGGUCAGUUUCCAUUUUCUGUUGUUGCCUGAAGAGGGCCACAAGGAAGGAGGGCUCAGCCGGCUUGGCUCUUUAGUUCUGUAAAGCAAGAUGGUUAUGUUUCAGAUACGAAAUGAGGUGGCCGGUACUUUUAUACUUGUUCUUUAAUGUUCGUGGUGGACUGAGGAUGGGAAUGCAGUCAGGGAUGAGGCUGACUGUCCUGCCCCUGCCCUCCCAUACCAACCUCAGUAACAGUCUUGCCUCUGAUUGCACUUACAAUCAUGUUGCAACUACGUGGAGUCACGCUUCUGCUUCUCCCGAGUCGAGGACAGCUAUGGUACCGAGCAGCCGCGGAGCAGGGGCACAUUGUGUGCGCUCUGUGUUGAGGUGGUUGUAGACCUAGAGAAAGCACCUUUCCAUGGCCUUAGGAAAUGUCCCUGACCUUGGUGAUGACCCUGGGCCUUGCUCCCCGGGUUCCCUGAGCGGGGCUGCCCCGUGGCCCUCCCGUGCACUGCCCGGGCUGGGACUUCUCAUGCUCUCAGUCCCCAUUGUGCUCUCCAAGAUGACCAGACUUGACUACAGAACUCUAGCUGUUCUUGUUAAAUUUUAAUUCAUAGCUCAAAUACUAGUAGGAAAAAUUAAUUUUAUUCAUUCAGAAAAUUACCAAUUGUGAAUAAAAACAGGAAGAAUAAACUUUCUUGAAACAUAAUUUUCUGCAUCAGUCAACACUGUUACACUGAACUAGCUUUUUAAAUGUCUCUUGUGUUAACAAUUUUUUUAAAAAACGAAGGAAUAAACCAUGUGCUAUACAUAAAUCCAAUGGCUAAAUUGCUGUGAUCCUCUAACACAGAAGUUUCCCACAAACUUAAGUGCCUCCAUGUAGGACUUUUUAAAUUGUCGGUUAUCUUUGUAGUGGUGUCUCACUGAUUGCUGUGCUAGAACACGUGUUCCAUUGGGAGUGUGUUGCCUAUGCACUGUCAACUUCAAUUACCAACUUAGUGGAAGCUGGAUCAGAUUGCUCAGCUCACCUGGCAUGUUCUCUCCAAGAGUGGGGUCCCUGUGACUGUUAGUCCUCUACCUCAGAGCCCUGAGUCACUUCUGACUGCCCUGUUCAGCUUCCUCACUCUUCUCCCUGAAUGGGGUCCCUGCAUGGAGCUCAGCGUGCUUGUGGGACCACCACAGCUCCCAAUUCAUGCCCACUGCCUGCUGUAUUGAACAGUAUUGUGCUGGUCUUGUCUGUAGGCAUGGAAUGGAGGGGAAGUCUUGAGAGGGGGAGAGCCUUGAUCUCCAUCCUGGUUUCUCUGAUCUGGAGAAAAAGAACAACUGUCGAACUAUGUAAUGCUUAGACGUGAAGGCAGAGUAACUCCCCAGGUGACAGCCUGAGCAAGUAGGUACACUCUUCCACGGACAGACCCACUUGGAGUCACAGGUUGAGAUUGAGAAGGAGCUCCUGAACAAGCUUCCUUCCAGGACCUGGGAUUGCUUCCCUCAGGACAAGCCCCAGAAGAGCUGGGCAUUCAAGCCCAGCCCUUGUGAUCAGAAGUACCAACACUCCCCACUCCCCGCUGAGCAGAGGAGGAAGCAGAGGGGCAACAACUUUCCAAAGAGGUUUGGAAGCCACAUUCUCCUCUUGUGGAAGUAAUUCAGUGAAGAGCUGAUAGUCUGACAAGAUACUAACUAAACACUAUUAAAUUCCCAGACGUUAUCAUAAAUGCCUUAAAGACUUUGUUAGAUCAUUGCCUGUAUGGUUUCUUUCUGUGUGGAGUAGAUAAUGUACUAACCUGUUACAGCUGACGACACUGGUCUUCUGUAGCGAGGAAGUCUCAAGUUGGCAGGCUGCUUGACUUAAUGACUUGUUCUUUGGCAGAUGUGGAGAGUUGGCAGGUAACCGAGGCAAAGGGCAGGAACUGGGCAGAAAGUGCAGGAGCACAUUUGGGUUGGUCACCUUGGCUUUCAAGCCAUUUGAGGUGGUGCUCAGUGUGGGGCGAGGGCAUCAUACAGGACCAUGGCACUUAUCAGCAUUGUAUCUUUGGAGUCCGUGUAAUGGAAUGUAUUUUUCAAAUACUGAUAUUUGCAUUUUCUGUAACAAUUCCUUACAAUAAAAUGAG